AUGGCGGAAAAGAAAUAUCAGCAACAGCAGCCUCAAAUCAGCAUGGCGGCCAGUGCCAUCGCCAUGCGCGGCAUCCGCCUCUUUCUCAACGCUGGGCGGAAUGCAGCGGAGAAACGUGCUUCCCCUCCUCGCACCCGACGCACUAAGGCUGUCCUCCCUGCGAACAAGCUUCCGUUAAGCGGUAUCGAGGCUUUGUUCAAGACCACCCGGUUUACCAAGAAUGAGCUGGAGGCGCUGUUCGCGAUGUACCGCCGGCUGGUGGUCGCGGCGCAGGCUGUAGCGCCGACCAGCGUCAUCGGUCAACCAGUUCCUAAAGUAGACGGCAUCGACCAGAACACAUUUCGCGACGUGAUGCACAACACUUUCGACCUAGUCACCGAAGAAAUAAUCCUCGACCGGAUCUGGUUCACCUGGGAGCGAGGCGCGAGCGGUGGCGAGGGUGCUCUCAAGUUCGAGGCGUGGGCUCGCGGCCUCAGCAAGCUGCUGCGAGGCAACGACGACGAGCGGCGCGCGCACUGCUUCGCGGUCUACGACUUGAACUGCGACGGGUACAUCACUAGAGACGAGAUGUUCUUACUACUCAAGAACUCAUUGCUCAAGCAGCCGGGAGACGAGGACCCAGAUGAGGGAGUGAGGGAUCUGGUGGAACUAGUGCUCAAGAAAAUGGAUAUAGAUAAGGACGGGAAAUUGUCUAUGGAUGAUUACAAGCAAGCAGUUGAACAAGAACCUCUGUUGCUAGAGGCAUUCGGGCAAUGCUUACCUUCAAGGCGCCACGCUACUACGUUUCUUAAGACUUUGAGUACGAAGCAAUAAAACUCAUUUCCUAAGGACGAUUUAGGUUUGGCGCACGGUGGCUCUU